AUGACUGUGAAUCCUAUUGGGUACAGUGGAGGGUUGGCGUUACUCUGGAAGAACUCUGUAAAUAUUUCGUUUAAGCAUGUAGAUAAGCACUUGGUUGAUCUCGAGGUUCAGAUGGGAGGUGAAACUUUCUUCAUGUCGUGCAUACAUGGAGAACCUGUCAGGAAGAAUAGACCAAGAUUAUGGGAGAGGCUUUCUCGCAUAGGUGCACACCGUAAGGAAGCUUGGUGCAUGAUAGGAGAUUUCAACGAAAUUAGGAACAAUGAUGAAAAGCUUGGAGGGCCUAGGCGGAGUGACAAGUCCCUUGAACCCUUCAAUGAUAUGUUAUCAGUGAGCGAGAUGUCAGAACUGCAAGCGUCUGGAAACAACUUGACAUGGGGAGGUUUGAGAUGGCUAAAAUGGAUCCAGAGCAGGCUUGAUAGGUGCUUUGGAAACAAACAAUGGUUCAAAAACUUUCCGGCAUCAAAUCAGAGUUUUCUAGACAUGAGAGGGUCGGAUCACAGACCGGUGCUGGUCAAGUUGUUGGAGUCUACGGAAUCCUACAGACGAAGUUUCAAAUUUGAUAGUAGAUUUCUGAACAAGCCUGGAGUCAAGGAAGAAAUUAAGAAGGUGUGGCUGACUAAUCAUAAGUUUUUUGGAUCAUCGGUAUCAGACAAACUCAAGCAAUGCCGCAAGUCCUUGAGUAGAUGGAAGAAGAAUUUCAACCUGAACUCCAGGGAUAAAUUGGUGCAUAUUCAAAUAGCUCUGGAAGCGGAACAAUCAUCUAGUUUCCCGUCUGGAGUAAGAGUGAAUUACCUGAAAACUGAGUUGAUCAAGUCAUACAGAGAGGAAGAAAAGUACUGGAAGCAGAGGAACAAGGAUAAAUGGGCCACUAAAGGUGAUCUCAAUACCAGAUAUUAUCAUGCUUCGGUCAAAGCGAACAGAAAUAGGAAGAGAAUUGAUAAGUUGAUGGAUGAGAGAGGGCAUCUACAAUUCUCUGAAGCUGCGAAGGCUCAGGUUGCUACAAAUUACUUCAAUAAAUUGUUCAAGGCAGGAGAGGCUGGGAAUUAUGAUCAGCUGUUUGAAGGAUUUACUGCUAAAGUCUCCGUGACUAUGAAUGAAUUGCUGACAAGGGAGGUAACUAACGAGGAGGUCAGAGAUGCGGUUUUUUCUAUCAAUCCAUCAAGUGCACGGGCCAGAUGGAAUGUCAGGCUUAAACCUCUGCUCCCGGACUUAGUAUCUGCAACACAGUCAGCGUUUGUCGAAGAAUGGCUUAUCACUGAUAACAUUCUCAUUGCUCAUGAGAUGGUGCAUGCGCUGAGGACCAAUGAUAACUUCUCUAAAGAUUUCAUGGCUAUCAAAUCCAACAUGUACAAGGCCUACGAUCGGGUUGAGUGGAAUUAUUUGAAGGCGAUGUUGAGGGCUUUGGGUUUUGCUGAGGGCUUGAUUCACAUGUUGAACACGGCAGCAAGGAAUGAUAAGAUUCAGGGCAUCAGAUUCGAUGAAGAGGGUCCGAUGAUUCAUCACAUGUUAUUCGCCGACGACAGUUUGCUAAUCUGUAGAGCGAAUCAGGACCAAGCUGCAGAGUUGAUGAGAAUCCUUAAGGUGUAUGAGAAAGCGACUAGUCAACAAGUGAGUAUAGCUAAGUCCGCGAUUACUUUUGGAUCCAAGGUGCACGAGGAUGUUAGAAAUGUGAUCAAAAGAGUUACCAGAAUCCAGAAGGAAGGGGGUUCAGGUUCCUACUUAGGAUUGCGUGAAUGCCUUAGUGGGUCCAAGACGGAAAUGCUGGCGUACAUCUACGACAUGCUAAAGGAUAGGCUAUCAGGAUGGUUCAUGAAACAGUUGUCGCUUGGAGGGAAGGAAAUUCUAAUCAAGGCAGUGGCCAUGGCUAUGCCUAUCUAUGCCAUGUCCUGUUUUAAAUUAACGAAGACGUCCUGUGAAAACUUGACAAGAGCAAUCGCAGAUUUCUGGUGGAAUUCCUUAGAGAACAAGAGAAAGUUGCACUGGUUGAGUUGGUCGAAACCAUCACUGGCAAAGGAUCAAGGUGGAUUGGGCUUUAAAGAUAUUCAAAGCUUCAAUCAAUCGUUAUUGGCCAAACAGGCGUGGAGGAUCCUCAAUGAGCCGGAAUCUCUUUUUGCCAAAGUUUUCAGGAGCCGCUACUUCCCCUUUGGCGAAUUCUUAGCUGCCGCAAACGGGCCUAGACCCUCCUAUGCUUGGCGGAGCAUUCAGUUUGGCAAGGAAUUACUUGUUAUGGGCAUCAAAAAGAAGAUUGGCAAUGGUAAGACAGUGUCUGUGUGGGUUGAUGCUUGGAUUGAAGGUGGAGUGAUGAGGAGACCUGUAACGAAAAACAUUUUUGUCGACCUCUUGCUCUACGUAGAUAAGUUGAUUGACGAGGAAAAUAGAUGCUGGAAUUUAAACAUCCUUCACGAUCUGUUCUUUGAGGAAGACGUCGCAAGGAUAAUGGCAAUGAAACCAGUCUUUGAGGGAGAUGAUUUCUGGGUGUGGCAGCACAACAAGCAUGGAAGCUACUCGGUUAAAUCGGGGUAUUGGCUAAAAAACAGAAUGGCGAGGGAGGAAGAGAUCAGAGAAGCUGAAGCCAUGCCCUCUCUAAAUGAGUUGAAGAGUGCGGCGUGGAAACUCAAGACUCCUCCUAAGAUUAAAACUUUUCUAUGGAGAGCCUUGAGCAAUGCGAUUUCUGUAGGUGAACUGCUUGUGAAGAGAGGCAUCAAGUUGGAUCCGUGUUGUCAAGCCUGCGGGUUCCAAGGAGAAUCAAUCAAUCACAUCCUCUUCACAUGUCAUGUUGCGCGCCAAGUUUGGGCUUUGGCGAAUGUUCCUUCUCCCCCAGGCGGCUUUGAUUUGACAUCUCACUACGCCAACAUUCAUCACCUAUUCUCAAUGGGGUCUAACAAAUCAAUCCCAAGCAAGGUACGUAAUGCUCUGCCAUGGAUCACUUGGUUUCUUUGGAAGAACAGGAACAAUCUGAUGUUUGAAGGAAAACAAUCUGGUUUGCUUGAGCUGGUGGAAAUUUUUUUUGUGGAGUCUGAGAUGUGGAGUUUAGCGCAAGUGGAAGAGCAAAAAGAGGACUUAGAAGAACGAGGUGAUGGCACGGCUUGA